AAGGAGUUAAUGGAUUAAUGCAGUUUCAUUUUCAAGAGGAAUAACCUAAUCUACAAAAUGUUACUUAGGGUAGCUGUUGCAUUAAUAUGUAUCGGGGCUAUUACAGCUUUCGAUUUCCGUUUUGGAAACUUAUUGGCCAAAAGAAAAGCAAACUACGUCUGUUAUCAACAUCCAUUGGACAUAGUUUUCAUCCUUGAUGCUUCAUCCAGUAUCUGGUCCCAGAACUUCACCAAAGCUAAAGCUUUCGUAAAUAGCUUCAUUAGUCCAUAUGAAAUUGGUCCACAAAAGGUACGAGUUGCCAUUGAAACCUAUGCCGAUGUAGUGUACACUCAAGAUGUCAUUCAUUUCAACGAUUUCCUCACCAAUGAAUCACUGCAAAAGCAAAUUGCUGGUUUGAAAUGGCAUCAUGGAUCAAGAACCGAAACUGGUUUAGGCAUUGCCUAUAUGACAGACACGAUAAUGAAAGAAGCUAGGCCAGGUCUUCCCAAGAUCUGUAUUGUUAUUACCGACGGAAAAUCUCAGGAUUCCGCUAAGACAGCUCUUGAAGCCAAGAAAGCACGCCUGGACCGUAUUGAAAUGUUUGCAAUUGGUGUGAGCAGGGCUGUUAAUGAAUCAGAAUUACAGAGUAUUGCUGGUGAUCCAGACCGAGUCAUCAUCGUAGAAACAUACUCCGAAUUGGAAGCCAUCAAGGAUAAAUUGUCUGGAAAGACCUGUAAAGAAAUCCCAACAACCACCACAACCACACCAGCUCCAACACCAGCUGCUGAAGAAUGUGGUACGGAUAAUCCCACUGAUAUUUACUAUGUCUUCGAUCCUGCUUAUCUUGGUAUGGAACGAGUUAACUGGGUAACACAGUUCAUCACACACACGCUCAGUGCCCAGGAAUUCGCCCACAUGAGAGUUGGUGUCAUCAGUGGAUCAUGCCCAUUGGAUGCUGGAUUCAAUCUCAAGGAAUAUUCCACCAUCGUUGACGUGAGGGAGAGACUUGAAUCCUACGACAGCCCAAGGUUUACAAAACUUAUUGGUUCUCUUAGCUCUGCCUACUCAUCCCAGAAAGGCGGACGUGGUGAUGCCCGAAAGGUUGCUGUUAUAUUCAUUGGUGGAAAAAUUGACCAGGUGGCUGUUAUCAAAAAUGCCCAAGCUGCCAAAGAAGCCGGAAUUGAUGUUUACUUCGCUGAUGCCGGAAAUGCUGAUCCCGGUUUUCUUGAUGCCCUCAACGAAAUCGGUUUCAGCUUGGCCAGAGCUGGCGCGGGCUCCAUACGACAAGCCCAUGCUUUCGUCGAAGAAUUAUGCAGAGAAUACUAAUUACCCAAGUGAUCAAAUAUCAGGAUUUACCAUUGGCGAUAUUCGCGCGUUGUUUUGUAAAUUAUGGCUGUUGUAUAUAUAUACAAAUAAAUAAAUAUCUCAGUUAGCAAUUUAAA